AUGCCGCAUCGGAAGGGCUUGAAGCGCUCUGUCGAACGCGCUGCUGAAAUGUGGUCGGUUGGCGGUGAUGGCAGCAGCGGCGGCGAGUGGCCGUGCUUUGAUAAGCCUGCUAUUGCUAGCAGUGGAGAACGCUCGGACAAUUGCAUCUCGGAAGGACGGCCUGCGCUAUCCCCAUCCCAUAUAAUAUUCCCUAACGCAUCAAUUUUUAAUGCUUUUUUUUUGGAGUGA